AUGUUUAGAUUUACCUUAAAACAUAGCCUAGCUUUCACUCGCUCAUUCAGCAAAUCUGGAGUAUGGCAUAACGAUUCUAGGGCAGUAACAGACCUUUUAUUCAAGCUACCGUCCUUUAAUCAUUCGACAGACCUCCAGGGCAAACGUGUUAAAGAGAACCAACGUAAAAAUAACGAUAGAAAUAUUCAACGUAAUGGGAAAAAUCAUAAGUUUCAAAGAGAAAGGAAGUUAGUAUUUAGAUGGAAUAAUGGUACGGAGAAGCAACAGGCAGCAGCGAAUGAUGUUUUGGAAGAGAUAUUGAAAGUGAACCCUAAGGGAGAUAUCAAAGCUAUCAGUAAAGAUUCGAAUAAGGUAGAAGAAACAAAUGUAAGAAUUUUCCUAAAGGGGAUUGACCUUGGCUCAUCAGGUAUAGCGAUGGUUAGCAUUGAUAAUUCUGAAUCUUCUGAUGUAAAAUUGCCAGUGGUAAAAGAAAUUCCCACAAGAAUAGCUUUAAAGAAUUAUUCUGAUAAGUUGUCGAAACGUAAGGAAGAAGAACUCAUCCAACUUGGAGUUAGUGCACAUAGGGCUGGUCGUGCAAACGACAAUAAGCCAGAUUCUUCUUGGAAAAUUAUCAAAGUGUCAUGGCAAAUAUCCGAUUACGAUUUAAAGAAACAAAAAUAUUCUGAAAUUGUGUCAAAUUUAGAGAAAGGAUCGAAAGUCUCACUCUUCAUCAACGACAAGGACUCACAAAAUCUCAGUCCCAUUGAUGAUGACGAGUUGAAAACUAUGAAUGACGCUGUUAUCUCUAAAAGAGAACUGAAACGAAGGGAAGAAGUGAUGGAAAAAAUCUAUAAGAUAUUGGAAGAACACUCUUCGCAAAUCGUACAGGCAGGUUCAAUAAAAAAGAGAAUAAUAUUAAAAGUAACACCUAAUCCCACAAAUACUAAAGAUUCUGUAGAUAAGAGAGCAAUAAAGGAACAAAAGAAGAGAGAACGGCAGGAGAAACUACAAAGGAGACUAGAGAAGAAAAAGAUGCGUGAAGCGGAGCAAACUUAA